AUGGAUUUCGAAGAAAAAUAUUAUCAGAACCAACAACCUCAACAUUCUGGUUAUUACCUAGAUUACAGAGGUUUCUAUCAUAUAAUUAAUGAAAUAGUACAAGCACAAAAGCAAAUAGUUAGCCAAAAAACUGAUCCAUCAUUCUCAUCGUCUUUACCACAUGUAAAUCACGAACAAAGUAAACAUAUUACCGAUGUUAAAGUGAAGAAGUUGUUAGAUGAUUUUCGCUCAAAACUUGCCUAUGAGACCAACCUGGUUGGAGAGUAUUACCGGUUCCACCUUGAUGAAGAACAAGGUUUCAAACUAUAUGACCUUCUUAAAUCAAUUGAGUAUUCAAACAUUUUAGGAAAAGAUAACGAAAGAUUGCUAAGAAAACCACCCAAUGAAGGAAGAAGUAUUUUCCAUUCGAAAGAAAGUCAUGCAGUUUCUAAGACAUAUAAUGAAAAGACAGUUGUUAUUACUAAGUACCUUAAAAGCUUAAAGGAAUUUCAAAAGAAAUACCAGGACCUCUAUGCGUUUGCUAAGCUUAAUGAAAGUGCUCUUUUGAAUAUUGAAAAGCAUUUUAACAAGCAUGUAGAUCCUUCGAAUAAAAUUCAUAGAUGCAUUGUUUGGACCUCUUAUGAAUUCAGCAAUCCAAAAGAACAUUAUAUAAUUAGGUGCGAGAAACUAAUAAAACAAUUAGAAGAAAAAUUUAUUCAAACUAAAGACGAAGAAGCAUGGAUUUCUAGUUUGAAACCAUUUAUUAAAGCAGAUGAUGAUCGUCAGUUAAGGUUAGCUUUGGAGGACCAAAAGAAUGACACAAACGCAAGAGCCAAAUGCUGUUCUGUUGAAAUAAUACAAAAUUUAUCUCUCCAACUCUUAGAGUUGGCAUGCCAAUACAGUUCUUUUGGUUGCAUCAAUCUGAUGCUACAGCAAAUAGAAACAUUUCAAGAUCUCCAGAAUCUGAAUUGUUACAAAGAGACAAUUCAAAACUUUUUGUAUAAUUUCAUUUGCUCAUUGGGGAUGAAACAGCUAGAAAUGUCCGAUGAAGACGCAAAACACAAGUUACAUCAAUCUACAAUAUCAGUUUUUGAUUUUAUAUUUGAAAGAUUAUCAAGAAGAGAAAAAGAUACUUUGCUGGUUCAUAACUCUAAACUCCUAUACUAUGCGGUAAAGUAUGACUUAACAGAUCUUGUAAAGAAUUUUAGGAAAUGGGAUGAAAAUAUCCCAUACCUAUCGAAAUAUCAAUUUAACAAGCAUGCCCGUGACGUGUAUAAUCCAUGGACGCUUGCUCUAGCCACAAAACAAAUAGAAGCAGCAAAGCUUUUAUUCUCCAAUUUAUUUGUUUCUCCUAAGUUUUCAGUGCAGGAAUGUGGGUUAUUAGCGCCCAUAAUUUCUCUAAGGUCAGAGUCACUAUUGAAAAUAAUUAUGAAUGAUACGGCGUUUGAAGUUGAUCGACCUGAAAGAAGGUCUGGAGAAACUGCCUUACACAUUGCUUGUAAAUAUAAUUCUCCAGAAAUUGUUGCAUGUCUAUUAGCUCAUGGCGCAAAUUCUGAAGUUGUGGAAAAUAAAUUAGGAUGGACGCCUCUUUUCAUAGCUGCUGCCAAGGGUUACAACGAAGUUUUGCAAAUAUUAUUGCAAUAUGGAUGUGAUGUUAACUUGAAAGAUAAUGCAGGGUGGACAGCGAGAGAGUAUGCCAUUAUAGAAGGACAUUUGUCUGUCGCAAAACUAUUGAGUGCGAAGGAAAAAGAACACAGCCGUCUAAAUGAGGAGCUGCAACCUUUACCGUCACGUUUGGAUAACGUUCAUGGGCCUGCUAAAAUGUUCAAUUAUAAUUUAUCGGCUCAUUGUGAAAGUCUGUUAAUGCUUAAUAUGAAUAAUGUUUUUCUGAAUCAAUUUGCUUCUUCUGUUUCUUUUAAAGGUGAAGAUACAUUAGAGGGGAUAGAUAUCUUUCAACAAAGAGUGUUGCUGCGCAUUACGUGCAUUGAUGAUAUUGAGAAUGAAUCUCAUACACUAAAUUUACCAUUGAAUAAAACCCUUGGAGGGAUAGGUUUUAAAGUUCCAUACAAGAAAGAUAAUUCAUAUCAAAUAGCGUUUGAUAUUUGUUCUCCAAAGCCAUAUCAAAAGAAUGUGGCUCCUGAAGAUGUGAUAUGUGGUGGUGCCAUUGUUCAAUUAAAUCAAUUCUAUUUCCCAGUGGGACCUAACCUUUUCUCUUUAAAUCGGAACAUAUCCAUCCCAAUCCUUCAAAUGGAUUCAUCCUCAACAUAUGAGACCAUUGGGACCAUUGAAUUUGAUGCCACCAUAAUUCAUCCCUUCAAUCAUCCGGGCACAAAGCAUAUUACUGAAAGGACGAAGGAUUAUUGGGAAUCAUUGUUGUCUACAAGAGUCAUUGGACAUCGUGGGUUUGGUAUGAACCGAUUAGAAAAGAGAUCAUUACAAUUGGGUGAAAAUACAAUGGAAUCUUUCAUUGCAGCUUCUACCUUAGGUGCAUCGUUCGUUGAGUUUGAUGUUCAAUUGACUAAAGAUGAUGUCCCUGUUAUCUAUCAUGAUUUUACCGUAGCGGAGACUGGGGUGGAUCUUCCUAUGCAUGAGUUAACUUUAGAACAAUUUUUAGAAUUGAGUAAUUGUGACAAUAAAGAUAACAAGAAUGGUAAUAAUGAUAAUAAUAAUAAUAAUAAUAGCAAGAGUGCACAAGAAAAAAGCUCACUUGAUAAUGGGAAGAGAAGACGUUCCCUUGCCAGUUUCGAUAUAAGUGGUAACAUGGAUGAAGGUCGUAUGAAAUAUACCAAGACUUUCAAAGAGAAACAUUUUAAGGGUAACAGUCGUGGUCAUUCCAUUGCAUCAUCAUUUGUUACAUUGAAGGAAUUAUUUACAAAAUUACCUUUAAAUGUUGGAUUCAAUAUUGAAUGUAAAUAUCCCAUGAUUGAUGAAUUUGAGCAAGAAGGUAUUGCCACUGUUAUGAUUGAGAUGAAUCAUUGGGUGGACACACUUUUGGAGAUUGUUUAUGAUAAUAUGAGGAGUAGAAACAUUAUCUUUUCCUCAUUCCAUCCUGAUAUUUGUAUUAUGUUACGUUUAAAGCAGCCUUUGAUUCCUGUUUUAUUCUUAACAGAAGGAGGGAGUAUGCCCAUGGCUGAUGUGAGAGCACAAUCAUUACGGAAUGCAGUGGAAUUUGCACAAAGUUGGAACUUAUUAGGUAUUGUUUCUGCAGUGAAACCUAUUCUUAUGGCACCAGAAUUAGUGAAAGCUAUUAAAGCUAAUGGUUUAGCGUGUGUUACUUAUGGUGAAGAGAACAACGAUCCUGCGAAUUGUAGGAAACAAAUUGAAGCAGGAGUGGAUGCUGUCAUUGUGGAUAGUGUCUUGGCUGUUCAUAAGGGAUUGAUUGAAAAAAUUAACGACGUUGUUGUCGAAUCGAGUUCUGGAUAG